CAUCCAUCCAUCUUCAGGUGGUUCAUAAAUAAACUGAAAUUCCACAAAACAACAAAACCCAACAAUUUGCCUUUCUUCCCUCCCCCCUUGUACUUGGCGACGUCUCAGAGGGUGGUUGGCCAAGAAGAUAAAUCUGUUUUCUACUUCUUAACGGGAAACAGGAACAAAACAAAACAAAACCAAACCGAAACCCUCAGCCAGAAAUGGUAAACGUAGUGGUCGCAUACCAAGACCACUUCUUGCGCCGCCUAAUGAAGGUAGCCGUCGGCACCCAACCGGAGGCGGUGGAGAUCGAGGAAGGGACGGUGAUCAACUUCUGGGUGCCGACGACCUCCGCAACCAAAAACCACCUCCCACCGCUGGUCUUCCUCCACGGCUUCGGCUUCAACGGCAUCCUGACGUGGCAGUUCCAGAUCCCAGCCUUCUCCAGGUCCCACUCCGUCUACGUCCCUGACCUGCUCUUCUUCGGCUGCUCCUUCACCCAGAAUCCCCGCCGCUCGCCGGCGUUCAUGGCGGAGUGCCUGGCGAAGGGCUUGAGGAAGCUCGGGGUGGAGAGGGGCUGCACGGUGGUCGGGUUCAGCUACGGCGGCAUCGUGGCCUUCAAGAUGGCGGAGAUGUUUCCCGAGAUGGUCCGGGCGGUCGUGGUGACCGGUUCGGGUAUGGAGUUCACGAGGUCGGUCAGCCGGUCCGGGUUGGAGCGGUUGGGUUAUGGGUCGUGGGCGGAAUGCUUGGUUCCCGAGACGGUGGAAGGGAUGCAGAAGCUUCUGGAGAUUGCUGCCUACAAACAGCUGCCGCUACCUGCUCGCGUUGUUAAAGAUGCCUGGGAGGUUGCAUUGAUUGAACACAGGAAAGAGAGGGCAGAGCUACUGGAGGAGAUGGUCAUUGAAGACCACAACUUCAAAGUACAUCCAUACACUCAGAAGAUUCAUUUUAUAUGGGGAGAAAAUGACAGAUUGAUAAACAUGGAAGUGGCUCGACACCAACAAAUGCUACUGAAAGGUAAAGCAACUUUGCAGUCGAUUGAAAAGGCGGGGCAUCUGGUUCAGAUGGAGAGACCAUGGGUUUUCAAUGGGCACCUCAAGAAAUUCCUUGAUUCCUUGAACGAUAAAUAAUUGGUCCAAAGGAGAUCAGCCUAGUGGUGAUUUACCGAUUAUGACACUUGAUUUUUUUUUUUUUUUUUUUUUUGUUGUUGUAACAAUUAUAAUAUUUUAAGCUAAUAUAUCGAGAAACCCUUAUCAACCUUUAGGGUUUUGGAGGCUAGACGUGAAGGACAAGAAGAAGAUAAGAAUCACGAUUGUGGGAAUUUUGACUUCUAGACUUUUCAUUCGGCGUCUGCUCCUUUAUAUAUUCGACUAGAUUUCUUGCCCACGCUUCGCGUCGAGACUUGUGGUAUAUACAUAACUUAUUUCUAAUAAUCUAUGAAAA